AUGGCUGGUGGUGGUGGAAUUAGCCGUGGUGGUGAAAAUAAUGGGAAAGAAUAUCCUGGAAAUUUAACUCUUUAUGUUACUAUUACUUGCAUUGUUGCUGCUAUGGGUGGAUUAAUCUUUGGUUACGAUAUUGGAAUUUCUGGGGGAGUCACAUCAAUGGACUCAUUCUUGGAAACAUUUUUCCAUUCUGUUUACAUAAAGCAAAAAGCAGACAAAUCAACAAACCAGUACUGCAAAUUCGACAGCCAGAAACUGACAAUGUUCACAUCAUCAUUGUACCUUGCUGCACUUUGUUCCUCAAUUGUUGCAUCAACUGUUACAAGAAAAUUGGGAAGGAAACUUUCAAUGCUCUUUGGUGGUGUCCUGUUUUGUGUUGGGGCUUUGAUCAAUGGUGUUGCUAAGAAUGUUGCUAUGCUCAUUGUUGGAAGAAUUUUGCUUGGUUUUGGUAUUGGUUUUGCCAAUCAGUCUGUUCCUUUGUACCUAUCUGAAAUGGCACCAUACAAGUACAGAGGAGCACUUAACAUUGGCUUUCAAUUGUCAAUCACAGUUGGCAUUCUUGUAGCCAAUGUGUUGAACUAUUUCUUUGCGAAGAUUAGAUUUGGAUGGCGUUUGAGUCUAGGAGGCGCGAUGGUACCUGCAUUGAUCAUCACCGUUGGUUCCCUCCUCCUCCCCGAGACUCCCAACUCAAUGAUCGAACGUGGCAAUAACGAGGAGGCCAAGAAGAAGCUCAAGAGGAUUAGGGGUGUCGAUGAUGUAGAUGAAGAGUUCAAUGAUUUAGUCACGGCUAGUGAAGCCUCAAGGAAAGUUGAGCAUCCGUGGAGGAACCUAUUUCAAAAGAAGUAUAGGCCACAUCUCACUAUGGCUAUUGCUAUUCCAUUUUUCCAGCAAUUUACUGGGAUCAAUGUGAUCAUGUUUUACGCCCCCGUCUUGUUCAAGACUAUUGGUUUUGGUGGUGAUGCUUCAUUGAUGUCUGCUGUUAUUACUGGUAUAGUCAAUGUUGUUGGUACCGUGGUUUCCAUUUACUAUGUUGAUAAGUUGGGAAGAAGAUUAUUGUUCCUUGAAGGUGGAAUUCAAAUGCUCAUUUGCCAAAUUGCUGUGGCAAUUUUCAUUGGAUCAAAGUUUGGAACUGAUGGUUAUGCAGGAGAAUUACCAAAAUGGUAUGCAAUAUUGGUAGUAAUAUUCAUAUGUGUUUAUGUAGCUGGAUUUGCUUGGUCAUGGGGACCUCUAGGAUGGUUAGUCCCUAGUGAAAUUUUUCCACUCGAAAUUCGUUCUGCAGCACAAAGUAUCAAUGUAUCAGUCAACAUGAUCUUCACAUUCAUAGUCGCGCAAGUUUUCUUGACACUCUUGUGUCAUUUGAAGUUUGGUUUAUUCAUCUUCUUCGCGUUCUUUGUGUGUGUAAUGACCGUGUUUGUCUACUUCUUCUUGCCUGAGACGAAGAAUGUGCCUAUUGAAGAGAUGGUUGUUGUGUGGAAAGAACAUUGGUUUUGGUCUAGGUUCAUGACUGAAGUUGAUUAUCCUGGAAUUAGCAAAGGAGGAGUAGCUAAUGUUGAAAUGGCAAAAGGGGGGGACAAUGGGAGCAAAUUAGUAUAGACUUAUUAGAUUCUUAUGUUAGUAUUAAUAAUUUGACAAAAGAAAAUAUGAAAAGGGUGUUUAUGUAAUGUUUUCUUAGUUGGGAUUGAUGUUG